AUGAAAUUAAAAGUUAAAAUAUCAAAAGGAGAAUUGAGAAAAGUUGAAGAAAAACUAAAUGAUUGUAUUGAAGUGGAAUUUUAUGAUGAAAAUGACAUGAGACUAAAGAAUUGGAUUGUCACAUGCGAGAUAGUUACUGAAAGAAUAUUUAACGAAGAAAAAAUUGAACUUGAUGAAGAUAUGAUAGAAGAAAGUGAUAAUAGUUCAGGAAAUAGGAAUGUUAAUGAUGAGUCAGAAUUUAAUAUAGAAAAAGAUGAGAAUAACAAAAGUAAUGAUGAGAAUGAUAAUGAUAAUAUAGUAGUAGAUGAAAUAAAUAAUGAUGGAAUAGCUGAUGAAGAAAGAUCAGAAUUAAUGGAAAUAGAUGACAAGAAUGAUAAGGUUAGAGAAAAGGAAGAAGAUAAUAGUAGUGAGAAAAAUGGAACUGAUGAUAGUGAAGAAAAUGAAGAAAUAGUUAGAUCAGAAAAUUACCAAGUUUUAAUGAUUAGAUUAAAACAUAAGAAGGAAGAUAUUGACGAAGAAAUGUUAGAAAAGGAGAAUGGAGGACUAUCGUUAUUACAAUUAUGUCAUAAAAUGAGAAGGAAUAAUCAGAUGUUAUUGGAAAUACAUUAUUAUUUAGGAAAAAGGUUUGAAGAAAGAUUAGAACAAGAAAUUAAUAUGCGAAAAGGGAAAAAUAGAAAAAGGAGAACAGAUAAAGAGGAACGAGAAAAGAUAUAUAAGGAAAUGUUGGAAACAGAUGUAGUAAGAACAAGAAAAGGAUUAAAAAGAAUGAUGGAAAAAGCAGAAAAAGUUUGUUUAUUAGUUAAUAAGAUAGGAAAGAAAAGAGUAUUCGAAAGUAAUUGUGAUAUUACAUCAGUAGAUAGUUGUACUAAGAAAGAAAUAACAGAAAUAGCGGAAGAUCUUAUAAGAGGAUAA